AAAGAAGAAGAAUGCCACAUCAGCCCAAAGCAGCUGAUUGCCGAUGUUUGCUUCUUUCCAGUGACUUGCUACCCUGUCAUGGCGUUGUUAAAGCAAAGUUGUUGUGUCGCGGGUCGCUUUUCUACUAACCACCUAUGGUUAAGUCGCAGGUCGGUCCCACAUGUGUACACAAGCUGCUUGACCACUGCACCAAAGUCCUCUCCAGACAGAAAGAAGGAGCUUCAGAGCCAGGAGGGACCCGGGCUGGAGGACUUUAUUUCAGGGGAACUAUCUGAGAAGAGCAAGUGGGCUGAGUACAGAGGCAACCUGAAGAGACAGAAGGGGGAGAGGCUGAGGCUUCCUCCAUGGCUGAAGACAGAGAUCCCAAUUGGGAAAAACUUCAACAAGCUGAAGAAUUCACUGAGAGACCUCAACCUGCACACGGUGUGCGAGGAGGCCAGGUGUCCAAACAUCGGAGAGUGUUGGGGUGGAGGAGAGUACGCCACAGCUACAGCCACCAUCAUGCUAAUGGGAGACACAUGUACACGCGGGUGCAGGUUUUGCUCGGUGAAGACAGCCCGCCGGCCCCCUCCUCUGGACCCAGACGAGCCUUACAACACUGCCAAGGCUAUCGCAGCCUGGGGGCUGGACUAUGUGGUUUUGACUUCGGUUGACAGAGAUGAUAUUGCUGAUGGUGGUGCAGAACACUUUGCCAAAACUGUUUCUAACCUGAAGGAGAGAAAUCCUGACAUCCUGGUUGAAUGUUUGACCCCUGAUUUCCGCGGUGACCUGGCAGCUGUAGAGAAGAUCGCCCUGUCGGGUUUAGACGUAUACGCCCACAAUGUGGAGACGGUUCGAGAGCUGCAAAGGCAUGUUCGGGACCCCAGAGCCAAUUUCGACCAGUCCCUAAGUGUGCUGAAACACGCCAAAAAGGUUAAACCCAGCGUGCUCACAAAGACCUCCAUCAUGCUUGGACUUGGAGAAAGUGACCAGGAGAUAAUCAACACCAUGACUGAGCUGAGAGAGGCAGGGGUGGACUGUCUAACCCUCGGUCAGUAUAUGCAGCCCACAAAGCGCCACCUUAAGGUGGAGGAAUACAUCCCACCGGAAAGGUUUGCUCACUGGGAGAAGGUUGGGAACGAUAUGGGAUUUGCGUACACAGCCAGCGGGCCUCUGGUUCGGUCCUCCUACAAAGCAGGUGAAUUCUUCCUGAAGAAUCUAUUGAAGAAGAGAAAAGCAGAAAUCCCUGCAGCGGAAUGAGAGGCUUCUUAAAGCAUCUGAUCAUUCUGUCUUCUAGUCGUUAAACCAUGUCUGUGAUUUUUGGCAGGAAUAGCAGCUCAGUCCCAAGAGAGAAGGAGUGUGUUUAGUUUUAAUAUUGACAAACAAUAUUAGAACCAAUUGUUUGUUUCCUCAGGAAGCUAGUUUUGUUUUUUAUCUUUACGUGCAGCCGCCCUGAACGGCUGCCAGUUUGUUGAGGGAAACGAUCAUAAAGGAGCAGAAGAGAAACCUCUGUUCAAAGAAACAUCAGCCAGCUGAAAAUCCCACCAGCCAGGAGCAGAAGCUGGAUAUUUUACUGUUUAUUAGAAGUCACUUCCUGCCUCCAACCGGACAUGGAGUUAAAGCUCUUCAGCCGCAUGUUACUGAGAUCACGUUUGGCAGGAGUCUCUAAAAAACUGAAAUGAGCUUGUGUGCAAUUAAACUUAAGUUGUACUCCUCUUCCAAAUGUUUGUACCAUUAAAGCCAUGUUUCCAACAUA